UUUCGCAGUAUGACGACGGAUAAAGGUUUUGAAUUAAUAAGAGAGUUUGAGCGCUCAACAGAUCCAAUACCACAAUUUAAUGAUGAUGGUGUCCGUUCGGUGUUGGAAGACAUAUCGAAGAUCUACCAGGAAAACUACGCACAUGCAACAACCUUCACCGAAACUCGUGACCGCAAAUUUUUGCCCCUCGUAAUGUACCGGCAUAAGUUGAUCCAGCGGCAAAAACGCUGCGUACUCGCGUACCUAGCCAAUAGGUUGUUCCGCCUGAAAGCGCUCCGAUGGCACGUCGGAGCUACACUACCACCCGAAAUCAAAUCCUGCAUCAACGAACCAGAAUCGAUGUGGUUUAACAAGUAUUCUAAAAUCCUUGCCGAGUACAUGUCAUCCAUUCACGAAGGUUACGGGCUGAAUCUUACGAAUGAUAUGAAACCGCCAAAGUCGCUCUACAUCGAGGUACGUUGUUUGACGGAUUACGGGAAAUUCGAACUCGAUAACGGCGAGAUUGUGCUGCUUAAAAAGAACAGCCAACACUACCUACCGAAGCUACAAUGUGAGCAGCUUAUUAGACAAGGAAUACUGCAGCACAUUAUUUAA